CCCAAAAAAAUAAGAAAACAUUACAAACAGGUUUUCAAACUCUCCCCCUUUCUGCUUUCUACUUUCUCCUUCCGCCUCACGAGUCAAAAGACUCAAAACUCGCGCAACGCUAGGGUUUCAGUACUCCCCUCUCUCGAUCUCUUCCACACACAGUAGAACACGGUAGCUAACGCACAGUUGAUUUGAUUGGUCUCAAUUCUCAGCCGACGACAGUCCAUCUAUGGCUGAGGAACCAGUAAACGACGCCGUUGCUUCUCCGUCUCCGGCCAGUCAAUCCAAUAGUAGUGUUGUGCUGUUGGGGAGCUCGGUCAUUCCGAUCGUCAACAAGCUCCAGGACAUAUUCGCGCAGCUCUCCAGUCAGUCUACAAUUGAACUGCCGCAAGUGGCGGUCGUCGGCAGCCAGAGCAGUGGAAAAUCCAGUGUUCUGGAGGCACUAGUCGGAAGAGAUUUCUUGCCCAGAGGUUCGGAUAUUUGUACUCGACGACCUCUCGUUCUUCAGCUCGUGCAGACUAGACGAAAGCCUGAUGGCACCGAUGAAGAGUGGGGAGAGUUUUUGCAUCUUCCUGGAAAGAGAUUCUACAACUUCAAUGAAAUUAGGAAGGAGAUUGAGGCGGAGACAGUGAGAGAAGCAGGAUUAAAUAAAGGUGUUUCAGACAAGCAGAUUCGUCUAAAGAUUUUUUCACCAAACGUUCUUGAUAUUACCCUUGUGGAUUUGCCGGGUAUUACAAAGGUCCCUGUGGGUGAUCAGCCUUCUGAUAUUGAAGCACGUAUCAGAACAAUGAUAAUGUCUUAUAUCAAACGUCCUACCUGCCUAAUACUAGCUGUUACACCAGCGAAUGCUGACUUGGCAAAUUCAGAUGCUCUUCAAAUUGCUGGAGCUGCUGAUCCUGAUGGGCUGCGAACAAUUGGUGUGAUAACCAAGUUGGAUAUUAUGGACAGGGGUACCGAUGCCCGCAACUUUUUGCUUGGAAAAAUAAUUCCGCUUAAACUUGGCUAUCUUGGAGUUGUGAACCGUAGUCAAGAGGACAUAAUGAUGAAUCGGAGUAUUAAGGAUGCACUUAUCGCUGAGGAGAAAUUUUUCCAUAGUCGCCCAGUGUACAGUGACCUUGCCGAUCGCUGCGGCGUACCUCAGUUGGCAAAGAAGUUGAACCAGCUUUUGAUACAACAUAUCAAGGCUGUUCUUCCAGGAUUGAAGGCACGCAUCAAUUCUAGUCUGGUUAGUGUUGCAAAAGAACACGCUAGCUAUGGAGAAGUAACUGAAUCAAAGGCCGGUCAGGGGGCACUACUGCUUAAUAUUCUUUCGAAGUACUGUGAAGCUUAUUCUUCAAUGAUAGAGGGAAAGAAUGAAGAAAUGUCUACUUCUGAGCUCUCUGGAGGAGCAAGAAUCCAUUACAUCUUCCAGAACAUAUAUGUGAAGAGUUUGGAGGAAGUGGAUCCUUGUGAAGAUUUGACUGAUGAUGACAUUCGAACUGCCAUUCAAAAUGCAACUGGUCCUAAGUCUGCAUUAUUUGUACCAGAAGUGCCAUUUGAAGUUCUAGUUCAUAGACAGAUAGCUCGUUUAUUGGACCCUAGUCUUCAGUGUGCUAGAUUCAUUUAUGAUGAGCUGAUAAAGAUGAGCCACCGCUGCAUAAUCCAUGAAUUGCAACGCUUUCCUGUUCUUAGAAAGCGUAUGGAUGAGGUCACAGGGAACUUUUUACGGGAAGGCCUUGAACCCUCUGAAACAAUGAUUGGUCACAUCAUUGAGAUGGAGAUGGAUUACAUAAAUACAUCCCAUCCAAAUUUUAUUGGUGGUAGUAAAGCUGUGGAAACGGCAUUGCAACAGAUAAAGUCCUCUAGGAUAUCUGCCCCUAAUCCAAGACAGAAGGAUGUUGUAGAUUCAGAGAAAGCACCAACAUCAGAAAGAAGUCUAAAAUCACGUGCUAUUCUUGCUAGGCCGGUGAAUGGAUUUGUACCCGAACAGAGUGUUCGCUCUGCUGCAGAUGUCGAGAAAACUGGAAAUUCUGGACCUACUACAACAGGUUCAAGCUGGGGAAUAUCCUCUAUUUUUGGUGGAUCUGACAAUCGCUCAUCUGCUAAAGAGAACACCAACAAGCACUUUAAUGAACCUGUUCAGAGCAUGGACCAUGCCUUUGACCAUGCCUUUUCAAUGAUUCAUCUAAGAGAGCCACCAACAGUGCUAAGGCCAUCUGAAACCCAUUCAGAUCAGGAGGCAAUUGAGAUUACAGUAACAAAGCUGUUGCUGAGGUCCUACUAUGAUAUUGUUAGAAAGAAUAUUGAAGAUUCUGUACCCAAAGCAAUCAUGCAUUUUCUGGUAAACCACACCAAACGAGAGCUGCACAAUGUGUUCAUCAAAAAGCUUUACAGAGACAAUUUGUUCGAAGAGAUGUUGCAGGAACCGGAUGAGAUAGCCUUGAAGAGGAAACGUGCUCGAGAGACACUUCGUGUUCUUCAACAAGCUUUCCGAGUUUUGGAUGAGUUGCCUCUUGAAGCUGAUACAGUAGAGAGGGGCUACAGCUUAAGUACAGACACAACUGGUCUCCCAAAGAUCCAUGGGCUGCCAUCAUCAUCCUUCUACACCACCAGCAGUGGUUCAACUGAUUCCUACACUGCUCCAAAAAAUCUCAAAUCCCGCAAGUCAUCUCAUUCUGGAGAGCUCCAUUCUCCAUUUUAUGGCAAUGCUGACUCUAAUGGAGGGGGGCGAAAUUAUCUUUAUCCUGCAGUUGAUGUAUAGGCUGAUUGCUGACAUGGUGGAUGGAAAGACGUUUGAUCACUGUCCAGCAGAUUGGAGGACAUCUAGGAUCAUGGCCUUCGGAUCUGGUGGAGAGCUAGUAUUCUUUUAUGAAGAAAAAGUUGAUAGUAAGGUUGACCAUUAUUUUGCCUACCCAUCUAUUUUUUCAUUUCCUUCCCCAUAUAUAGUUUGUUUUAAGUGGUUAUCACAAGCUCCAACAUAAAGGGUCUUAAAUAAAGGAGCCAUUGCUUCCAUCUUUGCUAGCAGUGGUGACCUUUUCGUUGCUGACAAUUUGCCUAAAUUUAUGGAAGUGUAUUUAGUUUCUUUACCCCGAGGUUAUGCAAUUUUGUUGGUCCUGCUCUCGUGUUCUUCACGAUCAUGACUGAGCAAGUUCUCGGAUGUGAUUUCAACCAUGUUUUGGAGGUUUGUGUACAGUAUAUAAAGUUUUGCUUUUUCUACUGGGAGAACAAAUGUAUCUCUGACUCGAUAUUAAUUCAUAUUUUGACACGGUAGUAUUCCUCCUGUUUAUGUA